UUCUUGAAUCAGAGACGGAGGUAGAAUGAAAUUGCUCUGUUCUUCACUUCUUCUGCUCUAAUAUCCAAACACCAAUUUACGAGGGAAUGAAAUUGCAGGUGGGCCACUCCAGAAUUUUUUUGCAAAGACCUCGCAGAUUGGGCAACUCUCUCCUCUAUGGCUGAGGGUUGCGAACUUUUGAAGCAAGAGAGGAACCGGCUAAUGUGGUUUUCUCCUUGAGUAGGCCUUCAGGGCCACUUUGCACGAGGGAUAGCCCUGGUUUUUUCAUGUUUCUUAAUUUUUCUUACCUUUCUGAGCUAUACCUCUUCGGUUUAGCUUUUUCUGUAGGCUGUGUUAGCUGAUGUGCAGUUUUUCCCUCUACUUGAAGAAAAAGCAGAGCACCUGCUGGUUUGGGUCAAAAACAAAAUGCAGCUGUAUUUAGGCGGUAUAUUACAGGAUACAAAAAGUAAAUCUACAGCUCUUCCUAGCUGCAAAAUUCAAAAUAAUCAUGUUUUACACUUUUUAUACGGAAAAAUGAAUCGCUUACACAUAUUUGGAAGAUGAAGCCAUUUUGUAAUGCCAGUGACAGCCACUUAUUCAGUUACAUAUGUAAAAUUCCUUCUUGCAAUAAGUAAUGAUAGCUUUUAAUCUCAAGGACACUGAUAUUAGUUGGUAUAUCAUGAUGCAGGCAAGCUGCCACUACCUGUUCUACAAAUCUUGUCUUCAUAUACUGCUUGCACAUGGAUUACCAAGGAAACAAUCUUAGUGAUUUCUUUCAAGCUAAUGGGCAUUUGGUACUUAAAAGAGUGGACAACAACUAUAAACUGCGGUCCUUCACUGAAAAGGAGAUAGAGCACAUUACAGACAGAUAUAGCACUUUGCUUGGUAGUGGCUCGUUCGGUGAUGUCUACAAAGGAAGAUUAGACGAUCGACGUCCAGUCGCAGUAAAGAGGUACAAAAAUGGAACCAAGAAAGAGGAGUUUGCCAAGGAGGUGAUAGUGCAUUCCCAGAUAAACCACAAGAAUGUUGUCAGAUUGUUAGGCUGCUGCACGGAGGAAGAUGCCCUUAUGAUUGUUAUGGAGUUUGUCUGUAAUGGAAACCUCUACAACAUCCUUCACUGUAGCAAUGCUGAUGGUCCUAUACUCUUCCCUUUGGACAAACGUUUGGACAUCGCCAUUGAAUCAGCUGAAGCACUAUCAUGCAUGCAUUCAAUGUACAGUCCUGUCCUUCAUGGUGAUAUUAAACCUGCCAAUAUACUGUUGGAUGAAAAGUACUUGCCAAAGCUAUCUGAUUUCGGAAUAGCAAGGCUGCUUUCUACUCAUGAGGCCCAGCGUACCAAAACUGUUAUUGGUUGCAUAGGUUAUGUAGACCCUUUGUUUUGUCAGAGUGGGAUUCUAACUACAAAGAGUGAUGUAUACAGUUUUGGAGUUGUUCUAUUGGAAAUGAUUACCCGAAAGAAAGCGACGGACGGCGCUACUAGUCUUACUCAAUGUUUUGCCGAGGCAGUGGGAAGAGGGAAGAAGGUGAGACAACUGUUUGAUGCGGAAAUUACCUAUGACAAGAAGAAGAUGAAAUUGGUCGAAGAAAUUGUGAAGCUAGCAGUUACAUGCUUGAGACUGGAUGAUAAAAUGCGUCCGACAAUGGUUGAGGUAGCAGAUAGACUUAGGAGGAUUAGAAAAGCUCUCCCGAAGCACAAGGGUGAAAGCUCUACAGGCUCCCCCUAUGCGGACAUCAAUAAUUGGCACAUAAGAAGAGGAAAGGCACAGGAUGUACCAACUAUUUCCCUUGAUGAAAUGAAGAAAAUAACAAGGAACUUCAGUAAUGGUGCUCUAAUAGGAGAGAGUUCACAAGGCAGAGUUUUCUUCAAAGUGUUAAAAUAUGGACCGGAAUCUGCAUUCAAGUCUUCUCAAGAAAUUGAUUUAAAGAUUGAAGCAAUUUCGAGACUGAAACACGAGAACGUUGUCCAACUUCUCGGAUAUUGGGUCGAAGGAGACGAAUAUGUUCUUGCAUAUGAGUAUACAUCGGGUGGCACCUUGCAUGAUAUCCUUCUCAGCAAGGGUGAGGAAUUAUAUGUAAAUUUUUAG